CCCAGCAAUUCAAUUUUGUCCACUGUAGUGGACAUUAUGUUUUUUCUCAAAUCUUCCAUACUAUACUUUUCACUCUACUUAGUCCUGUUGUUCCUUAAAGAGGACCACUGUGGCUUUAAAAUGACAUCACAUUUCAGGGGUGUGACUUUGCCAGGUUCUUGUUGCUGUCUUUUCAAAAUGGCUGCCAUCACAACAAGCAUAUUUUAUGGAAAAAAGAAAGGUUCAUGCCCAUGUUGGAGGAAUGUGGAAUUACAUCAGCUGAUGAUUCCCUAUACCGAAGAGACUGGAGCCCACUGCAGUACUUCCAGCAGUACAUUGAUGAUCAGUUAAUUCGGGAUCUGUCUUUCUUCACCAACCAGCGCAUGGUACAGGAUUCAGGCUGUAGUUUGAACACAACACCAGAAGAGAUCAAGACCUUUUUAGGAAUCUCAGCGUUCAUGGCAUGCCUCGGAUAUCCAAGAAUGAAAAUGUACUGGGCUGCCAAAACAAGAGUCCCAAUAAUAACUGACUCCAUGACACGAGAUCGUUUUUACAAGAUCAGAUCUUCGCUCAAAGUUGUCAAUGAUCUGGAUGUGACAGAUGAUGAGAAGAAAAAGGAUCUGCUUUGGAAAGUAAAACCAUUCUUGAAUAGAGUGCUCCAAGGUUGCCUCAGCCUACCUAGGCCAGCAAAGGUAUGCAUUGAUGAACAAAUGGUUCCCUUCACAGGCACCUGUUGAAGUUCGUCAGUAUGUUCCUGGCAAACCAAAUCCAACAGGAUUAAAGGUAUUUGUUCUUGCAACUCCAGGUGGCCUUGUGUUGGACUUUGAGACUUACCAGGGAAAGAGCACCUUCAUUGAACACCAGCAAAUGGGAAUAGGUGCAAAUGCAGUCCUGCGUUUGAUUGAGACAGUUCCCAGAGGAACACUGGUGUACUUUGAUCGGUAUUUUACCACCAUCAGGCUUUUGGAGGCUCUUCUGGAAAGAGGCCUGCCUGCUACAGGAACAAUUCCUAAGAAUCGAAUUCCAAAAGAGUGUCACAUCACUGCUGACAAGGUCCUGAGCAAAAAAGGAAGAGGGUCAUCAGAAAUGAUUGUGGUAGCAGAAUAUAACAGAAACAUGGGGGGUGUUGACAUGUGUGAUCACAUGCUCAGCUACUACAGAAUGUCCAGUCGCACCAAGAAGUGGACUGUUCGUACCAUGCUUCACUUCACUGAUUUGGCCAUCACCAACUCCUGGAUUCAAUACAGACAAGACAGUCAGACCUUGCAACGACCUGCAAAGAAAACCUCCCAGUACCUGGAGUUCAAACUUCUCUUGGCUGAAGAACUGAUAUCCCAGGCCCAAGUAGGUCAAUGAGAUGACACUGACUCAAGUGAUCAAGAAUUCUUUCUGGAAAUCAAGAAAAGGAAGCCCCAUCCAGAUACAAGAAUAAGGAAAUAUGGUGCAAUUCAUUUGCCCCAAAUGCUCAACAUUCCAAAUGCUUCCAGAUGCAGAAUGCCUCGAUGCAAACGCAAAACCUUUGUGAGAUGCAUAAAAUGCAGCAUGUUCCUCUGUGUCUCCAAACAGUCAGAUUGUUUCAUGAAAUACCAUCUAGAGUCAAAUAUCUAAUGAAAUUAUAAAGAAUUUUAGGUGAAAUGUUGUAGAUGUUCCAUUAUUCUGGGUUAAUUACAUUUGCUAUUGUUUUUGUACAUGGUAUUCUAUUUUCCUAGAUGAUUUCAGUGGAUAUUUCCAUAUACAUACUCGGCUCUUAAAAGUUUAACACUUGAGAACCAUGAAAUCCCAUUGUCCACUACAGUGGACAUGUAAAAUUUUAAUAAAAAUAAGUUUUAACAUUU